UUUAACGAUUUAUAUGCGACUCCUCCAUCUUCGCUUCCCUGUCUGGCGCGUCUGAAAAGAUAGAACCCUAACCACCACACCUCUCUCCCAGUGCCCAGUCUCACUCUCUCUCUCCACACUAACUGUGCAACCCUAGUUUGGUCUCCUUAUUCAGCUAACAUUGAUCUCUUUGCUCAACAACUCCAGUUAAUUUUCAGUGUGUGAAUAUAUAUAUUGUUAAUGUCACACUUGUAGUGGUGGAUGAUAUGUAGCGUAUUCGAUUUCGGUCGUAAUUAGUGUUCGAUUGUUGCAUUUUCGGUGGAGGAACAGUGACGAUCGCUUCUAUGUGAAUUUAUUGCAGAUAACGCUUUUGUUGAUUCCUUUCGUGAAUCAAUAUUAAUCACAUGUGGCAAAUGUGAAUAAGAGAGAGCCUUACCGAUUGGAUCAACUUAUUGCUUUAAUAAAACACAACGCUAUUCGUUAAUUGAAGUUGCUGUUGACUCUGGAUCAGUGAAAAUGAGGGAUGUCGAGUUUAGGUGUACAAUUUUAAUGUUAUUUGGCCUCUUGAUCAUUGGGAAGGCGGAGGUUUACAUUGCAACUGUUGAAGGAGAGCCUGUGAUAAGUUAUAAAGGCGACCUUGAUGGUUUUGAAGCCACAGCGGUGGAGUCCGAUGAGAAGAUUGAUGUCACCAGUGAAGUAGUUACUUCCUAUUCUCGUCACCUUGAAAAUAAACAUGAUAUGCUUCUCGGGAUGCUGUUUGACCGUGGGACCUACAAGAAACUCUACAGCUACCGGCAUCUUCUAAAUGGUUUUGCAGUUCACAUUUCUCCUGACCAGGCAGAAAUUCUUAGACGGGCUCCUGGUGUGAAAUCUGUGGAGAGAGAUUGGAAAGUGAGGAGACUUACAACACAUACACCACAAUUUUUGGGACUUCCAACUGGAGUAUGGCCGACAGGAGGCGGCUUUGAUAAGGCUGGAGAGGACAUUGUAAUAGGAUUUGUGGACUCUGGGAUUUAUCCACGUCAUCCAAGCUUUGCUACGCACAAUACCGAACCAUAUGGCCCUGUUCCGAAGUACAGAGGAAAAUGUGAAGUUGAUCCUGAUACCAAGAGGGACUUCUGCAACGGAAAAAUUAUUGGAGCCCAACAUUUUGCGGAAGCUGCAAUAGCAGCUGGGGCAUUCAAUCCUGCAAUAGAUUUUCCUUCUCCGUUGGACGGUGAUGGACAUGGAAGUCAUACAGCAGCUAUUGCAGCUGGAAAUAAUGGGAUUCCAGUGAGAAUGCAUGGAUAUGAAUUUGGGAAAGCAAGUGGGAUGGCUCCUCGUGCCAGGAUUGCUGUUUACAAGGCACUCUACAGGCUUUUUGGAGGGUUUGUUGCAGAUGUUGUGGCUGCCAUUGAGCAGGCUGUUCAUGAUGGUGUUGACAUUCUCAAUCUCUCGGUGGGGCCAAACAGUCCUCCAACAACCAUAAAGACCACAUUUUUAAACCCUUUUGAUGCUACACUUCUUGCAGCUGUGAAAGCCGGUGUGUUUGUUGCACAGGCAGCUGGAAAUGGAGGUCCUUUUCCAAAAACCUUGUUGUCUUAUAGUCCAUGGAUAGCAUCUGUGGCUGCUGCAAUUGAUGAUCGUAGAUACAAAAACCAUCUGAAUCUGGGAAAUGGGAAAAUAUUACCUGGAAUUGGGUUGUCACCUGCUACACAUUUGAAUCAAACAUUCACCAUGGUCGCGGCUAAUGAUGUACUGCUUGAUUCUUCGGUCAUGAAGUACAGCCCUUCAGAUUGCCAAAGGCCAGAAGUUUUAAACAAAAACUUGGUGAAGGGAAACAUUCUUCUUUGUGGCUAUUCCUUCAAUUUUGUUGUUGGUACUGCAUCAAUCAAGAAAGUGUCAGAAACAGCCAAGAGCCUUGGUGCAAUUGGCUUUGUUCUUGCAGUAGAAAAUGUUUCUCCAGGAACGAAAUUCGAUCCUGUUCCUGUUGGAAUUCCUGGGAUUCUAAUAACAGAUGUUAGCAAGUCAAUGGAGCUUAUAGACUACUACAACAUCUCUACACCAAGAGAUUGGACUGGACGAGUAAGGAGCUUCAAGGCCACAGGCAACAUCGGGGACGGUUUGCUGCCCAUACUCCACAAAUCAGCCCCCCAAGUAGCAUUAUUCUCUGCUCGAGGACCCAAUAUAAAAGAUUAUAGCUUUCAAGAUGCGGAUCUUCUCAAGCCAGAUAUUCUAGCUCCUGGUUCUCUAAUUUGGGCAGCCUGGGCUCCAAAUGGGACGGAUGAGCCUAAUUACAUGGGUGAAGGAUUUGCAAUGGUAUCUGGAACUAGCAUGGCCGCACCACAUAUUGCAGGGAUAGCUGCUCUAAUAAAGCGGAAGCACCCUCAUUGGAGCCCUGCUGCCAUCAAAUCAGCCUUGAUGACGACAUCGACUACACUGGACAGAGCAGGGAGACCUCUUCAAGCCCAGCAAUAUUCUGGUUCUGAAACCAUGACAUUGGUAUCAGCAACACCUUUUGAUUAUGGUAGUGGCCAUGUCAAUCCCAGAGCUGCUCUAGAUCCUGGACUUGUCUUUGAUGCAGGUUAUGAGGAUUACUUGGGCUUCUUGUGCACAAUACCUGGAAUUGAUGCUCGUGAGAUCAAGAACCACACAUAUUCACCAUGCAACUACACUCUUGGCCACCCAUCAAAUCUGAACACCGCAUCAAUCGCAAUUUCCCAUCUUGUUGGUACUCAAGUUGUUACACGCACUGUCACGAAUGUUGCGGAGGAAGAAACAUAUGUGAUAACGGCAAGAAUGGCACCGGCGGUUGCCAUUGAAACCAACCCCCCAGCCAUGACUCUAAGACCUGGUGCUUCACGGAAGUUUACGGUGACUCUCACUGUCCGAUCACUCACAGGAAAGUAUGCUUUUGGAGAGGUUUUGAUGAAAGGAAGCAGAGGGCACAAGGUCAGGAUCCCUGUGGUGGCUAUGGGUUACCAGCACUAGCUUGGAUUAAUAAUGGAAAUUAAGUCGUUAUGGGUUGGGAUAUUCUUUGUAAUAUGUGGGAAUAAGAUAUAAAAAGCUAAAUGUAUUUGUCUGAAAUAUAUACACAUAUAUAUAUAUCUAUGGAAGGGAUGUAAAGAAGAUCACUAAUAGUAGGGUGAGACUACUAGUUUCUUCCUCUCAUAUAAGUUUUGCUAAUUUGUUUUGUAAUAUGGUGGAAUGCCUGUAUUCCCCUUUACAUUGAUUGUAUGAAGUAGCCUUGGUUCCUAGGUCUUUAAAGAUUGGAGAAGCGAAGGAGGGUUGGGAUGGGGUUUUAUGCUUCUCUAUUGUUGUAUUAUUGACUUUUCUAGUAAUAACUAAUUACAGUUUGCACCA